UGUAAAUAGGAGGAGAGUUUUGUAUUGUGUUUUUGAUUAUUUUAUUUAGAAUAGUUACUUAUUAGUGUAAUAAUAAUGGCUCGAAUGAGUGUGUGUUAUUCCAGUCGAUCCAUCACAAGCCACCGUAUGAAUUACAUGAACGAUGCUGAAGAGCUCACGGACGCUGAAUUGAUAAAAGCCGUUAACGAUCUGAAACACCAGAUCAAAAUCACCAACUUGGAGAACGAUAUCCUUGAAAGAACUAUAAUGAGAUUAGAACCAUCCCUCAUGACCAACAUUCAGCAAGCCAUAGACUACGCCAGCAAGUUAGCCAGCUCGCCGUCGUUAGGGGGCAGUUUCAUGAGGUCCCAGACUUCCAAGUUUGAUUUCAGCCCGUCAAAGAUCCUGUCAAGUCCUUCCAGAGCUUCGACCAGAAGAGUGGAAUCCUCAGCCAAGAUAGGAGGGACGACGGUAUUCGGAAGUGGAGCCAGGAUCAACGUGAUGGCUCGGUCGGAGCUAGUCAGUACUGAGAUGGAGUUGCUGAUGCAGAAGCUAGCCAAUGCUAGGAAGAGGGCAGCAAAACAACAUGCAAUGCUCAAAGCUCAGCUAGAAGAGAUAGAACUGCGAGUAGUUGACAUUGAGAAGGCGAGCGUAGCGUUCAACCAAGAAGUCAUCGUAGAUGGCUGGGACAAGCUAGCACAGAGGAUCCCUGCUGAAAUCUGGAUACGAUACAUGACAGAGUGGAUGAAAAUAUGCGACAGUCAGAUCGGCAAGCUCCGGCUUCGAACCAGCACCCUCAACACACAGCACGCCAAGUUCAAAGGUCAGAUCAAGGUCAAAGCCGAGCUGAAUGACAGGCUCCGGCCCGUCGACUUUGAUAAGAUCAAGAUUGAGAAUCAGGAAGCGUUGGCGACGAUCGACCAGAAAACUAAGCAGCUGGAAGAACUAAAGAAGAUGACAGGAGACGCGAAUCUCAACCUGACAGUUCACAAGAAGGCGAUGUGGGAGCAGAACUCUUAUUUGGCCAAGAUUUUUGAAACCAUCAAGACGAAGCAGCGACAGACUGUUGCUAUUGAUAAGGAGAGGGGUGUUAUACAGGUGGAGGCAGAUGCUUUGGCCGCCAGAUUGACGGAGGUGAAAAAAGUCAGAAACGCGUAUGAAGUCCCAGAUAUAAUGGAGUAUGUGGAAGUAAAGGCAGCGUUGGGGGACCUGCAAAAAGGCGCCAAGCUGCUGGAAAACAGACUUCGCGUCCAGCACAUCGCGCUCACUUCGCUGCAGAGCAAACUACGGAUCAUGAAAGCUUAGCUCAAUCAUAGACUAAAUAUAAGAAAAUCAUACCAUCCCAUACAUUUAAAUGCGCCGCCUAAG